GAGACAUCAGCUCAUAAGUUGGCCUGCAGUCGAGAGUCGAAUGCAGCCACAAGACAAUGUUGUUGCUGCAUUGCCCCUGGAUAGCAUUGUUACCCCUGGCUGUGCUGGGACAGACAUACUACAUUAACUUUGUGUUUAAUAACAAUCGCUAUACAGGACUGAAUACCCAUGAAGUGAUCAGUAGCGAAACUAAGAUCGAGAAUGAGAGCAAAUAUCAGAAAGAGAGCGCGAGCAAAAGUCAAAUGUCAGCGGAGCAAGAGAAAAACUCUGCAGAGUCGAGAUCAAGGGAGCAUCAUACAAAAAGACCUCAACACAAAUCCACCACGAAAUCAACAAAACCAAAAACCUCAAGAAAUCCGGAGAAAACGACGCAUUCAUCCCAGGAGCAAGAAGUUGACUGCUCGAAGCUGCCCUCAAACACCGACGAAGAGUGCGUGGAAUCCGAUCAAGUUGUGGACAGUGAACUAGAGGAAGAAACUGAAGAGAGUGGCGAGCUCACCACUACAACAAGAACAACAACAGCCACCCCCACAACAGCAUCCCCGCAGCCAACGGAGUCCACAAGUCAGAGUAAGGAACCGUUUGAGCCAUCAGCUACUCCAACUCCGCAUCCACCGGAAUUUUUUGCUUAUCCGCAGGCCGAAUGCCACGAAGAAAUGAACCUGCACGAACUCUUUGGCAUCCAGCUGCUGAGGGAUCGAGGAUUACCGUCCAAGGUAUUGUGUGAGUUCGCCAACAGUUGGGGCGGUCCUUGGCUCCUCAUGAAUCGCAUCGAGUUGCCCACUCGCGUCCACAUGCGACAUUGGUUCUUUGGCUACAUCACCGAGGACUACAAGGACAUGAACAUCAAUCUGUUGGCAUUGGCGCACAUUAUCAAUAACAUGCGAUUGGCCAUGCUGAUUAUUGGCCAAGAUAAUAACAAUCAGUUGGUCUACAAUCUAUACGAUGACUUCGUCAUGUCCGGCUUCAACGAUCUCUUCAUGCUGCGCAAGGCGCAUCUCGUCGAGGCGAAUACCACGGAUCUCAUGUUCAUCUCGGUGGGCGAGGUGCUCAUCUCGGAUCCGGGACGCAAUCGUUCGUGUCCCUUUCGUGUGCUGGGCGCCUGGUGGGGUCCCAAGUGGGAUGAAUUUCAUCAGGGAUUCUGUGUAUUUCCUGUGGAGCGAGAUGUACGACGUCCUGGUUACAUAGCCUUCUUCAUCAAGCCAAGUCCCUUUGAGGUCAACAAUACGGCUUUUUAUAGCACGGCUGUGACCACACGUCGACCUUGGGUCACCACGGCAGAUCCUCUUUUAAUGGCAAAGGCCAACAAUAAUCGCAUUUUGUACAAGAAGCUGAAAGCAGCAGAGUUCUUAGAGAACAAGAAACUAGUUAAGAACGAACUAAUACGACGAGAAGCACGCUACAAGUCAAUAGAAGAAGUGCGUAGAAAUGAAGAGAAAAAUCACAUAGAUGUAGGAUUUAUAACGACGACAGAUCAAGACAAGGCUAAAAGAUAGCGAAGACAACUCAAAGUAGUAGUAUAUAAUAAAAUACUCAUAGGUUUAACAAGUUACAACAUGUUCAUUAGCAUAAUUUAAAAUAGUAGAAAUAGAAUAACAAAUUGUAAAUAAAUAAAAAAGGUAAACAAAUAUAUUCAGCUACUCAAAGGGCAGCCAACUUAUUAAGGAAAUUCCUCAGCUCAAUGUUGCUAGACCGUUAGACAACUGGUAUACAGGAAUUUCAAAUGAAACUAAGCAAAAAAACUUGCACUUGCAAAAAGUAAAAGAAAAAUACCUUUAUUUGUUAAGCUAUGUAAUUAGCCUUAGGUCGUAGAAACCUCAAAACACAGUUCUUAGGUUGAACAAUUGUUUCAGUUAAAGCAAAAGUUCCCACCCAUUUCACAUAAUAUCUCUGUCGAUACAAAAAGGGAGAAAAACUUAACUUGAAUGAACUGAAUGCAUACCGGAAAUUGGUGGCUUUUUGUGUGACUCGAACUUCUACUGUCAUAAUUCGCUGGUCAACAAUAACAAUAAUGGUAGCUGCAAAGUAACAAACAAAGACAGAGGGGCAGGUAUGUGGAGGUUUGAUUUGCUGCCUUUGUGGUUACUUUU